AUGGGAGUUCGAUGCCUGGUGCUGCUCCUACGCCCUCCUCUUCUGCCCUUCGUCCACCCUUCUUCUCCUCCAAGGAUAGGUCCGAUUUUUGCUGUGCUCCCGGAUGUGCAGUGCAGUGCACCCGAAUCCCGUGAGCAGUGCGUCGUGCGCCGUGGUGUGGUUUAUCCACGACAGCGUGCGGUGUCCAUGUGCAUUUUUGCAGUUCAGUGGAUGGAUGUUUCAGUGUCUUAUGUUUAUUGUCGUGCCUGUGGGGAUGUAUGCAUGUUUGUAAAAUGGGUGUGCCCGCGGUCCAGCGUGCUGCUAGCCUCCACUAUGCAGUACGACUGGGCGUGCCAUGCGGUUCGACAGUGCUCUUAUACACUUUGCUGA